GUAUUGAGCUUGCCACGGCCCUGGCUGGUUUUGGACGGCAUUGGGCAGAUGCAGGAAGUGGAAGGUCCGGGACACUUGAGGCAGAGAAGAGCUACGACCUCAGCAAGCCAACAGAAGAGCUGGAUCAUUUCCUCAGCCACGACUGGCAAACAUCCCGCUGGACCAAGUAUAUCACCCUCAUCCUCUUAUUCAACACAAAGCCAGCAAUGCUCGCUUGUUUCUGCGCCAGCGCUGUGAUGACAGCGAGGGAGAUGUAUCGAUUGGCAAGCUUGGUAGUUGGUGACGAACGAGUUGUCGAGCCCUGGACCGCUUCUGUGCCUCUGGCGGUGUGGUACAUCUUUCUGUUCUAUGGCCACGUCAUUCGAAGCUGGUUCUGCAAGCCGGUGCUUGUGUUUCUGGACAAGCUCUGCAUCGCCCAGCAUGACCUCGAGCUGAAAGAGAAGGGCAUCAAAGGGCUGGCGGGUUUCAUCGUUCGAUCGAAAACGCUGACUGUUCUCUGGUCUUCCCGCUACCUCACUCGCUUGUGGUGCACUUACGAGAUUGCGGCUUUCCUCCGUGAUGACCUUGAGAACAAUCGCGGCUUGCAGAUCAUGCCGGUCAGAGUGGGAAUACUGCUGAUCUUGCAGAUGAUCGUGUCCCAGUUCGCAGUCGGGGCGUACCACUUCUUCCUCUACUUGGGCGUGUACACGGGGGAUAUCACUCACCUGAGGGCUGUACAGGUCGGAGCGUAUAGCGUCGGCCUUCCACUGGCCGCGCUGACCAUCGCGCAGGUCUAUGUUGGAAUCGACCUCGUAGAGGAGGUGGUGGAGCUUCCGCGGCAGUUGUCCAACUUUAGCAUCCGCCAGUCCGAGUGUUUCUGCUGUUCCAACGACCACUGCCAUCCAGACACUGGAGAAGUGCUCCCCUGUGAUCGACGGCUGGUCUAUGGCACCCUGAGGAAGUGGUAUUGCUCCGAUGGCGAAGUGAACCGAGAAGCGAGUUCCAGCCGAGGCCUUGGCUCCCGACGCACAGUGAGCCGAGAAACGGCUGCCAGCCGAGGCACUCGCUCUGAAGACAAAGCGAGCCGAACUUCGAGCAAACCUAGCCGAGGAGAUGAUCCUCACUUGGAUGCCUUCGACAAGUUGGUUCAAACAAGGUUGCGUGAAAGAGUGCAGACGCUUCUGGGUUCGGAUUUUAUGCUGCCAUUCGACCUCCUGGUCUGCAUGGUAGCUUCUCCCUCGGUGUGCCUGUUGCCUUGGUAUUCGCCAACCCUCGUUUUCGAGUGGGACGUCUACGACUUCGACUACGUAGACGAGCAGCUCAGGAUGUUAAUCCGUGAAUUUGUCACCAUCGCCAAGCACAGUGUCGUGCUUCUCUUCGCUGCCUGGUGCGUUUUGGUCUUAGCGAAGGCAGGCGUGCUCUUGAAGCGCCGUGGCUUCUCACGCCUUCUUCUGGCGAUGGUCUCUGCCCCCAUUGCCGUGCUGAUGGUCGUGCUGAUGUCCAGCUUGGUUGACGUUUGCUUCUACUUCUCCGAGAAAGACGAGCUGCUCCCGUUGCCUGCUUUUUGUGCCGAAGCCUGCAUCGUGGGCUAUUUGUUUGCUGGGCCCCGGUGGCUCAAGCGCUUGGAGAAGAGUCUUCAGGAUUGA